AUGGAAACUGUGGCAUUUUUAACAGAUAUAACAUCUCAUCUCAAUGGCCUAAACCUGAAGCUACAGGGGAAGAACAGCACAGUAUGUGGGCUGAUGACAGAAGUGCGUGCCUUCCAGGGGAAGCUGGAGCUUUACAAAAGUGACAUACAGGUGAGUUGUCAUUGUUAAUAUUUUCAAUCCAUCACACUCAUUUCCUGGAUUCCACUUAUCACAUGAUUUUUAGACUUCAUAAUACCCUUUUUUAAGCAGUGCUCUUUAUUUUUACUUAUAGGAGGGCAUGCUGCACUUCUCCAAACUUCUGGAACAGACCAAGGGAAAAGAAGAUCAUCGGUGCCGUGUGGAAUUCCUGGAGAGGUUGAUUGAGAAUUUCAAGACUUGCUUUGAAAAUUUUGAAUUAGGAGAACAACUCCAACUUUUCACUGACAAUCCAUUCCUGGUCAAGAAUGUGAGAGGGUUCGCUGAAGAAGCACAAAAAACCUACCCAUGGGCCAGAGCUGCUCCACUGCAAAGUGAAUUGAUUCACCUCCAGGAAAACAUUGCACUGAAAGAGGCUCAGUGUGACGCUAUCACCCUCUGGACCAAGAUGGUAACUGCUGCUAAUUACCCUCUCUUGUACAAGAUAGCAGUUCACAUUCUCACAAUGUUUGGCUCAACCUACAGCUGUGAGUCUGCAUUCUCCACAAUGAAUAUUGUAGAGAACAAAUACUGCACUAGACUCACCAAUAAACACUUUCGUGUGUGUUUCCGCCUGGCCAUCACACCUCUUGUGCCAAGGUUCAAAGUCUUGGCAGCAAAGCCAAGGUGCCAUUUCUUUCAUUAAGCAGCAGUGUUUGACAAAAUUAAUGUUUUGUGUACCUUCAUUGACUUUGUUUAUCUGAGAAUAUGAGGGUUUGUUCUGUUGAAAAGGACGUUUUAUUUUUGAGCUCAUAUAUGUGAAUAUUUGAAUAUAAGAGACACUCCAUUCACCUUUAAUGGACGAAAAGCAGUUUCUCUCUUAUUUCCUGUGCUUCCCAGUGUGUGUAUUUAGAAAGAGG